GCUAUUUGUACCCCACAUAUUUGCACUAACAUUCAUUUUGUGUUGGUGUAAAACUAAUUUUUGUUAAUGCAUCAACACUUUUUGUCCGUGUAAAUUUUUAUUAAGGCACCAACAUUUUGUCACUGUAAACCAAAGUCUGAUUGUAGCAUGGUUUUAAAAACAAUUCUCAAACCUCUGAUCGGCUCCCGCACGGCUUCCUCUGCUCCCUGUCAGUCUCCUUCGCCUGACGCCAGACCUCAGCCCUUCUCGGCCUCCAGAUCUAAACUUGGGAAUUGGCAGCUCCUGUACAUCUAUUACCAGUAUAUAUUUAUAUGCAGACCUCUAUGGUUUGAUAAAUUGCUCCUGUAAUAUUCAAUCAUCAAGUUAUAUAGGUUCAAGCAGAUGGAUGUCUCCUUUGCCUAAAUUAAAUCUUCAGAUGUGACAAAUUAACGGGAUUAUUGAAUGAUGCUUGUGAAACAUGUGUGUCGGAGCUACGUUUCCUCUUCCAGUAGAUUCUCUUCAUUGGUAGCUACCAAUUUUCUUAAAUGUGGGGAUAUUCUGAAGCAAGCUCAGGUAUUUACAGAUGCCGAUGUGCUUGCUUACUCAAAACUGAGCCAUGACACAAACCCUUUGCAUUUUGAUCCUGAAUGUGCCAAGGAUGCUGGAUUCAGUGACAGGAUUGUUCCUGGAAUGCUUGUUGCCUCCGUAUUUCCAAGAACAAUCGCUUCAAAUUUUCCAGGAGCUGUAUAUGUUUCUCAAACAUUAAAUUUCAAGUUGCCUGUCUAUAUCGGAGAGGAGAUAGUUGGCAAAGUAUGCACAACGAAUAUCAAGCAUUUGAAAACAAAAUAUGUGGCCAAGUUCUCCACGAAAUGCUUCAAAAGUGAUGGCUCUCUUGUUAUUGAUGGCGAGGCAACGGCUAUUUUGCGGAAUCUGAUGGCAGAGCAUGUGGAAUAAUUGCAGGAUUUCAUUGAGUUGGGACAGGGGGCUCUUUCUGUUUUAUGGCAAAGAGACCAAAUGCACAGAAUUGAGUUCUGAUUUUUUCCCACUAAUGUUUUAAAAAGUGUCCAACUUUAGGCAGAUUUAAAGGGAAGCUCAACACUUGCACUAAGUUUUUUAGAACAUUGCUAUUACCAUUUUAUGUAUCCUCAAAAUUCUAAACGUUGAUGGAAAGAUUCAAAGGGUCGUACUGUAGGGCACGUACCCCAGAGGCGAUUCCGGGAAAGGUACCCCCGA